GCGAAUGAAACUAUUAACAAAGAAAAAAAUUAAUUUAAAUGUUUAAGUGGAAAAAAAAAGGUAUCACUUAGUUGGCAUUUGAACACGACUUAAAGCCGUUUGAAGAUUUUUGAGGGAGAGAAGACAAGUAAGACUAAACAUAGCUGCAUAUCCCCUCCCUGGGAGAUUUAGAGUGGAAACUUCGUCAAGAUGGCGUCCAUCCUUGAUCAGUACAUGCAAGCGUCUGCUGGAGAAAACUUGAACCCGUUUUUAGGACCAGACAUAACAGAACCCAUAUCAACUGGAUACGUGGAAGUUAGGAGUGAGGAUGAUGUUCCCAUUUUUAAGCGACAGAAGGUGAACUUCAGACCACCGAACAAUAUUGUGGAUGUUGUUGUGUGUAACAAUAUUGUUGCCAUGGUGUUGAGCAACAAUGUGCUGAUGCGACUGGACUUGACAAACCCAAGUGAAAUAGAUAGUGUUGAUAUCACCAAGCGCGUGGAUGACUCUGUUCAUAGAAUCUUCAUGGAUCCAACUGCCCGACAUCUCAUUGUCUGCAUGAAGUCUCAAGAGUCAUUUUAUUUGGCCAGGAAUUCCAAGAAACCUAAACCAUUAGCAAAAAUGAAGGGACAUCUGAUUAAUGCCAUUGCAUGGAAUAAGUCAAAAUUGACAGAGAGUUCUACACAGACAAUUCUUCUGGGGACAACCAAAGGGCUGGUUUUUGAAACAGAGGUGGAGCCAGAAGAAAAGUUCUUUCAAGGUGGUUUGGAAAAAUUUUGGAAGCAACUGUACAAUGUAAAUUCACUUGGUGGUCCAGAGGAGUCAAUUUAUGGAAUCAUGUUUGAGAAGUUUCCGGUGUCACCAAAAUCUGACAGGAAAUACUUUGUUAUGGUGUCAACAUUGAGCCGCCUUUAUCAGUUUAUUGGUGAUGUAACAGUUACAGACUCUCUGGAUUUACAGCCUUUGUUUGCAGAAUAUGAGAACGACCCAGCACCUUUCCUUGAGAUGCCAGGUCAUUUGGAUUCUAGUGAAUUAGCUCUAUUUUACCCCAAGGUCAGAGGUCUGCCAAGUUCUUUUGCGUGGCUCACAGGGAGUGGUCUUUACUUUGGUAAACUAGACUUUAGUCCUCCUGAGUCUUGUGAUAAUAUCACAGCAGAAACAAGAUUAUUACCAUUUGAGUUGGUGGAAGGAAAGGGAACAACACCUCUAUCCAUUGGUCUGACAGGUUUCCAUGCCCUUAUGCUUUAUAAAGACAGGUUUGAAGCCGUAUCACUUCUCAGUGAACAAGUUGUGUUUGAAGAUCUGUUUCCAGCUCGGUUUGGUGCAAUGAGAGGACUGUGUGUUGAUACAGUAAAGAAGACUUUGUGGAUUUUUGCAGAUUCUGCUAUUUUUCAGUAUCAUGUUACAAGGGAGAGCAGGGAUGUUUGGAAAAUGUACCUGGAAAGAGGGGAAUUUGAGUUGGCCAAGGAGUAUUGUAGGGACAAUCCAGCAAAUUUGGAUAAAGUUCUAACUAAACAAGCCGACGAACUAUUUGAAAGCAAGAAUUACGCCAUUGCUGCCAAGUGCUACGCCCAAACUCAAGUAUCAUUUGAGGAAGUUGCCUUAAAGUUUAUUCAAGUGGAGGAGAGCCAGGCACUCAGGAUGUUUCUUUUAAAAAAGCUGGAGAGUAUAAAACACCAGGACAAGACGCAAAUGACCAUGCUGAUAAUGUGGCUGAUCGAGCUGUAUUUGAACGACCUGGGAAGUUUAAGGGGAAAGGAACCAAAACCCAAAUAUGAAAGCGUACAGGAAGAAUUCAGGAAGUUCCUUGCACAAACCAAAGUCAAGACAUGUUUAGAUCAGAACAGGAAGACAGCUUACGAUUUGAUCACUAGUCAUGGAGAUGUGGAGAACUUGAUAUUUUUUGCCGUGUUGAUGCAAGAUUUUGAGCAUGUUAUCAGUCAUCAUAUUCAGCAGGAUGAUUUUAUGGCUGCACUGAAUGUCCUCACUAAACAGCCAGCAGAUACAGAUCUCUAUUACAAGUUCUCGCCUGUGCUAAUGCAGCACAUUCCACAGCAAACUGUCAAUGCCUGGAUUGAACAGAGAAAGAAGAAGCUGGAUCCACGCCGACUGAUUCCUGCGUUGGUUCACUAUCACCAAGAAGGAAAGCCCACUCAGGAUUCUGAAGAAGUUUGUUAUGACAUGAAGUACGCCUUGAGACUCUGUUCAGAACAUGACAAACAGGAAGCUUGUGUGCACAUCUACAGUACCAUGGGACUCUUUGAAGAAGCUGUUGAUUUGUCGUUAAAGGUCGAUGUAGAUCUCGCCAAGAUUCAAGCGCAGAAGCCCUCGGAGGAUGACGAGGUGUUAAGGAAAAAACUCUGGCUUAGAAUUGCUCGGCAUGUGGUGGAAGAAGAAGGAGAUGUGAAAAAGGCAAUGGAGUUUUUGAACCAAAGUGAACUUUUAAAAAUUGAAGACAUCCUUCCAUUUUUCCAGGAUUUUGUUACCAUUGAUCAUUUCAAGGAUGCUAUUUGCUCGUCACUUCAUGAGUACAAUCAACACAUCGAAGAACUAAAAAGCGAAAUGCAAGAAGCUACAGAAAGCGCUAGAACCAUACGAGGAGACAUCCAUGAAAUGAGAAAUAAAUACAGUAUUGUGCCAGCUCAGGAGAAGUGUUCGAUCUGUUUAUAUCCACUGCUUACAAGAGGCUUUUAUGUGUUUCCCUGCCAUCACGCCUUCCAUUCAGAUUGUCUAAAGAACGAGAUUUUACCAUAUCUUAAAGAAAAACAGAGGGCAAAGGUCCAAGAACUAUUUAACCAGCUCUAUGCGACGUCAAGAACUGAUUCCUCCUCAGUUUCAUCGACUUCACGAGAAUCUCUCAAGAAUGAGCUGGAUGACCUGAUGGCAUCUGAAUGUAUUUACUGUGGAGAAAUUAUGAUAAGAUCUGUGGAUGAACCCUUCAUCUCACCAGAUGAAUAUGAAAGUGUUCUGGAGAGCUGGCAGUGAUUUAUAUCUAAAGAAUUAUUUGUGGGAGAUCUUAUUCUUGAGUAGAAAUGAUUUCACCCAAUCUCCUUACCCGCUGUUAUUACAUGGGCGUAUCUGACAUAUCAUCAUGUGAAAUGAGGACGUGAUAGCGCGAGAUUCGCGCGAGAAAUCUUGCGAGAAGUUGUGCGAGAAUCGUGCAGAAACCUUUCGUCAAAACUUUGAGUUGCCAUUGCUCAACAAUCCUUUACUUGAGUAGGGCGAGGAUAGGAAUUAUGAAUCGGAUGAAAAGGAAUUUAGUCAAAGACAAGAU